AUGAACAACAAGUGGCCCCCGAUCUCUUCGCACUCUUCUAUGGAUAAUAUGGAUGAGAAAGAUCCGAGUGCUUGUGUGACCUCCUCUUGUUCCGAGCAUCCCACUGCCACUGCAACUGCCAACUUCAGUGUUCAGGAUGCCAGGCCCGUGGUUGAAGAGUUAACGGUGGAGAAUAUGCAUCAGAUAGCUUUGAGUAGCGGCCAUCAUGUUUUCAUGCAACGCCAGUUGCAGCAUCUCCCUCAAUUGCCGAGUGAAAUUCUUGGCUCCCAAGAUAGUUCUGCAGCGAUGGCAAGGUUCGGUGAGGAAAAUGUGGGAAUGCCGUCACAUAUACCAGUUCAAAAGCCUUUACUGAUUCGGGAAAUUGAUGAGCGGAUGUUAUCCAAUGAACAAUCUAGGGAGGCUGAGAAAAUCAUGAAGGGAAAGGGGAUUUUCAGCUGUUCCGCUGAUGGGGUUAAAGACUGGGAACCCGAGAAGCCGAUGUCCGAAGCUAAAGUAGCUUCUCCAGCAUCAUUGGAAGCGAUCUCAAGCACUGACAAGCCUUUACUGCAUGGCAUCGAUAAGUCAGGACUGGAAAUUUCGCAUGAUGGGACGAACUUAAGAGAGUUGCUCAAACCGGGGUGUGAAAAGCAACAGAAACUUGGUCAAGACACAAAAGCUCUUUUAUAUCAGCAGUUCAGCUCCAGUCAAGGCUCUGAAAGCCAGAUACUUGCCAAGUUAGAUCCUAACGUUACGGAUUUUCCAGAAUCAGCACAUACUGUUGGGCCACAUAAUACAAACUUGAGCCACCAAAUUCGAUCUGUUCUUUCUCAGUUGGAGGAGAGAUGGUAUACUAGUCCAGAGGAGCUCACUGAAAUGGGCUGCAUUGCUGCGUCUAACAUAUACAGCCUCGGUGUCCUACUUUUUGAGUUGCUCUGUUACUUUGAGUCAUGGAAAGCUCAGUGUGUGAGAAUGAUGGACUUGAGUCGCCGGAUUCUGCCGCCAGAGUUUCUUUCAGAGAACCCAAAGGAAGCUGGGUUUUGUCUUUGGCUUCUUCAUCCUGAAUAUGAUUCCCGUCCAAAGACUAGGGAAAUCUUGCACUGGGAAUUAUUAUGUUCAUCAAAAUCGUAUGAAUUGAACCAGAACGACCAUCCAGGGAGAUCUGCCAGUGAGAAUGAUGCAGAAUUAGAGCUGUUGCUUCGCUUUUUUGUUUCACUUAAAGCUCAAAAACUGAAGGACGCCACAAAGUUAGCAGAAAAUAUAGGACAAAUCGAAGAAGAUAUUAAAGAAAUAGAGAGAAGAUCCUCUCCAUUAACCUCCUCUUUGCUUAGUGAGGUGCCCACAGAGUUCCUUUCAGAAAAUGUCAUGACUUCCGGAUUUCUCAGGAGACCGUACUCACUCCCAACCGUUGGAACAAACUUCUCAAGAAAUUUAAGGCAGCUUGAGGAUGCUUACUUUUUUAUGAGAUCUCAGUCACAAACUAGAAAAAGCUCUUCAGUGGCACAUCCUGACAAAGGAUUGCUAAGCAAUAGAGAGAGAACUCCCGACCUUAGUGUCAAGCAAACGGCAUCUGAUCUUAAAGAAGAAUUUUUCGAUGGUUUAUGCAAGUUUGCUCGGUAUAGUAAGUUUGAAGCACGGGGAACAUUGAGAAGCGGAGAUGUUCUGAAUUGUGCAAAUGUGAUUCGAUCUAUAGGUUUUGACCGUGACGAGGAUUAUAUUGCUGCUGCUGGUGUGUCCAAGAAGAUAAAAAUCUAUGAGUUUGCUGCUCUUUUAGAUGACUCAGUUGACCUUCAUUAUCCGGCAGUUGAGAUGUCAAACAAUUCAAAGCUUAGCUGUGUCUGUUGGAACAGCUACAUGAGAAACUACCUGGCUUCAACUGAUUAUGAUGGCACAAUUAAGAUAUGGGAUGUGGUCACUGCUCAAGGAUUUUCACAACAUAUGGAGCACCAGAAGAGGGCUUGGUCUGUUGACUUCUCUCAGGCAGACCCUAAGAAGUUUGCGAGCGGCAGUGAUGACUGUUCUUUGAAGCUGUGGGCAAUCAAUGAGAAAAACUCGGUCAGCACCAUUUGGAACCCGGCCAAUGUCUGCUGUGUUCAGUUUUCUCCUCACUCGACUAAUCUCUUGGUUUUCGGAUGUGCUGAUAACUUAAUCUAUUGCUACGAUCUUCGGCACACUCAAAUUCCUUGGUGCACUUUAGCUGGACAUGGUAAAACAGUCAGCUAUAUUAAGUUUUUGGAUUCUGAAAGCAUUGUCUCUGCAUCCACGGACAACACCUUAAAGCUAUGGGAUCUAAAGAAAGCGAAUUCAGAUGGGUUUUCCUCAAAUGCUUGCACCUUAACAUAUAGGGGUCAUACUAAUGAGAAGAAUUUUGUUGGCUUGUCCACUUUGGAUGGAUACAUAGCAUGUGGCUCAGAGACUAAUGAGGUUUAUAGUUACUAUAGAUCCCUACCGAUGCCAAUCACUUCUCAUGCAUUUGGAUCUUCUGAUCCUAUUUCUGGAACCAAGAUUGGCAAUGAUGAUGGUAAUUUUGUUUCGAGUGUUUGCUGGGGACAAAAGACGAAUAUGUUGGUCGCUGCCAAUUCUGCUGGAAGUUUGAAGAUCUUGCAGAUGGUUUGAGUAAAGAAGGUAGCUCUGAUUAUGUUUGCUGGGGACGGAAGACAUAAGAUUGUGGCAGCCAAUUCUGCUGGCAGUUUGAAACUGUAGUGGAUGGUUUGAGGGGGAAAGCAUGAUUUUCUCUUAACAGUCCUCAAGACAAGCCUUUUGGAUUGGCUGGUGAGUUCCAAGACUGUGCUUUGCAUUUGUGGCGGUAAGUUUGCCUUGUGACACGCAAGCUGUCCUGGGAACACAGAGAGAGAAAAUAUAAAUAGCUGAUCUAGCAUCACCUCAGUUUCUGUUAGUAUGUAUGAUGUAGGUAUACAAAGUGGGAUAGCAUGAGGCGAUUAAUCAUCUGAUCCUGGCACAAUCACAAGCUAUAACUUUCUUGGGGCGGCUCAACAAAAUGUGCAUGUAGUUGGGCUUCCGUGAUAGCGAGAGCAAGCGAUAUCUGAUGACUAUGUUUAUGCUGCAGUGUUAUGAAUCUGUCAUCGAUUGGUUGCUCGUCGGCAAUCGUGCUCUUUCUCUUUCAUGAGAAGCAGUAGGGAGUUGCUCAGAAAUUUCAGCACAGUAGGAGAGAUGAAAGGAACCCGAGUUGUUUCUGAACUUCUGCAGUUUGUAGUACUUUUCAUCGGUGAUGGUCUAUAUUCCAUAAUUUUUUGUCAAGGUGAAGAAAAGUUUCCAUCGCCAGUUGCUGUUGGAAAAAGAGUUACUCAUCACUAUCCAUGUCUCAAAAAGUGAAGCUUCAUUUGUGAGGAAUAUGAGAUCCUCUAAUUAUACUUAGUCUUGCUUCACCCACUACUCCAUGGACGAACAUAUGAAAUGAUUGGAAUUCUAUGGUGAUGAUGACAUUUUUCUGAGGGAUGGAAUUUCAUAAACCCCCAACAGGGUUAUCCAAAAGCAGCAAUGGUGAUCCUACUUACAUGAAUCCAUCUCAUUCAAAUACUGCCAUGCCAAGGAUUGGACGGGUAUAGGAUUAGAGGAUACAUGAAGCUUAGGCUUUAAUUCAGGUCAGUUUUGUGGAAUGGUUGUUUUGGCUUAAAUCUCCUUGAAGAUGGCCAUCGAGAAUGCAGACUUAAAUCUCUGUCGAAUUUCUCAAAGCAUAUAAUAGUAAGGUCUUUCAGAUAACAGAGUUUCGGCAGACUAUUUGUUUACAAUCGCUUCAUGUCUUUUCGCACUAAGUUUUUUGCUCCAGUUUGGAGAGAGCUCUGCUACAAAGUUUCUCAGGGAAAGACUGGCUCGGAAGACUUUCAGCUCGGCAAGUAGAGUUCUUCAUUGCUCUCAGCUUGAGGUGAAAAUACGGGGACCAUCUUAGAGUGUGCAAUGUAAUUUUUUUGUUCUUUACAUUAUUCCAUGGUUUUCAUUGUGAAAAUCCAACUCGUAGCCAUUUUGAUACUCGAGAUAUCUUGAUGCAUCAAGAUUCUUUCCUUGUUCACCGUUUAGAAAUACAGCAGGACUUGCUUUUCACCUGUAAAAUAAUGUAAGCGAUUACAUUAUGAUCUCCAAUUUCAAAUGACGUGUCGAUCAGUCCUCAUUCACCUC